AUGAAGGGCGAGGAGGAGCAACCAUACUGGAAGUUUCUUAUCCUCUUAUCUAAGGUGCUCAUCCACGUGGGAUGCACUCUACAGGUUUUCAUCUUGGCUGCUUUGGCAGUGGCUGCUUUUGCCAGUCUUCAUCAUGAGCCUAUCCAUCAUCCACAGCCAUUCAAAUUUGGUUAUAGCAUUAAAGAUAAGCACGGAGAACAACACCGAGAAGAAGUUGGUGAUGGCAAGAACGUGAAAGGAAGCUACGGAUUUACCGAUGCCAGGGGAAUCAAGCGACAGGUCAACUACGUCGCUGAUCAUGCUGGAUUUAGAGCUGAGGUCAAGACCAACGAACCUGGAACCGCCAACCAGAACCCCGCCGCCGUCCACAUCCUCUCCGACGCUCCCUAUGGACAUGGAGGUUAUGCCGGAGCUGCAGGGCUCGGAUACGCCGGAGUCGGAGGUGCAGGUUAUGGAUAUGGUGGUCUUGGAACUGCCGGAUUGGGAUAUGGAUAUGGUGGUCUUGGAGCAGCUGGUGUAGGAUAUGGAAAUGCUGGACUUGGAGUAUAUGGAGGUUAUGGUCUUGGUAAUGGGCAAUUCAAUGGUUUGGGAUAUGCCAGAUAUGGUUUUUAG